UCCCGGGCCGCUUACGCGGAACACGCGGCCAAAGCCGCGCCGCCGGCAUUACGUCGCGCACCGUCGACCGCGACUGACGUUCGUGUGGACGCGUCUAAAUCUUUCGUCGUACAGAUCGUCCAUUUACACCGCGAUUACCGAACAACUGUGUCACCGAACUGUCACCGACGAGCCGCCAUUACGAUACAGAAGUGCCAGUCGAAUCGUAUGUGUCACCGAUCGAGAAUCGAUAUCCGUUCACCGACAACCUGUAGGAGUUCGCGUUUCGCGUGUUACGUCAUCGAGCUGUGUGAUUGCAUAGAUUCGUAAAUCGAUGCAGAGAUCUUGCAUCGACUAGUAAUAACAUAGUGACACCUCGCGGACUAGAAGUGCGGCAGGCGGGGCGGGGGAGGUUAGGACCUUUUUCAAUCGAAGGUGUAUCGCGGCGAUAUAUCGAUACGUUAAACAUGGCGUUGGCGGGAAGACAGUAACGAGGACGCUUACGAUGGAAUCGAAAGAGUUUUCGAUGUCGUCGAUGAUGAUAUUGUGCGCGUUGAAGGGGAUACGAUGAACGUGUUGGUAAACAGCGAGGUUAUCCGUCGCGUGGAAAAUAAGUGGAGCUGCCGGAUAAGUAGCUGGUAGCCGUGAAGGAGAUAUCCGCGGGGGCUGUGCAAGUGAAAUCACGACGUCCUGCCCGGAGGGUGCCUGCUUCGGCGACGAGGGGCGGCUACUGGCCGAUGUGAUGCAUCUACCGGUGGGCUCGGUGGGCUGCGGGGAGAAUUACGCCACCGUUGGAUCCCACGAAGGCGCCGGCCCGUGCGGCCCCUCACUGGCGCCUCUUCAAGGGGUGAACACCAGGUACCAACAGGCCGACGACGUCGACGCCGGGGGAGGUGGUGGCGAAAUGAGCGAGGGUGCCGCCGUCGGCGAGCUCUGGUGGACCGAGAGGCUCGUCGGCGAGGCACAGGCUGAACACCCCGGUGAAUUGGUUCGAACAGGAUCGCCGUAUUUUCUCUGCAGCCAACUACCGACCCACUGGCGGUCCAACAAGGCGCUUCCGGUGGCGUUCAAAGUCGUCGCCCUGGGCGAGGUCGGCGAUGGAACUCUGGUGACAGUGCGAGCGGGCAACGACGAAAACUGUUGCGCCGAGCUAAGAAAUUCCACUGCCUUGAUGAAGAACCAAGUCGCCAAGUUCAACGACCUCAGGUUCGUCGGUAGAAGCGGCAGGGGGAAAAGCUUUAGUAUCACCAUCACGGUGUCGACCACACCACCCCAAGUGGCGACCUACACGAGGGCCAUCAAGGUGACAGUGGAUGGACCGAGGGAACCGCGUUCUAAAACGAGGCAGACGCACAUAUUAGGACCAGCGCGAGUUCCUGGACCCACAAGAGGGACGUUCCUUCCAUCGAGUCGUUUCACCCCCUACGUACGGGACACGGAACAGUACCGAAGGAGUAAGCAUCACGUCGGCAACAACGUGAUCACGAAUUCGGUUAGUGGUGCCUGUAGCAACCCCAACAACACCGACCCGACCGCAUCGCCUGCUUCCAGUACACACCUCGGGGCUACCGGCGGCUCCUCGGCUCAUCAGGAUUGCUACAAGCACAGCCCUCAACACGGUGAUACGGGUGCAGGCGCAACCGAGUGGACCUAUUCAUCAGCGGCGCCAUCUUAUCCAGCGCCUCCGGUAAGCAGCGGUGGUUCCUUCUCGCCGAUUCCCGGUGGAGCAUUCUCGUAUCUGAACGAAUCCCUGUCUCAUCAUCCAGCCACCGAGCCUAUGCCGUUACCUGCUGUGCUUCCGUCAGACAGCCAGCAAGAUACGUACACGCCAAACUGUGUUUCCAUGUAUCCAAGCCACGGGACAUCGUCGUUGUCACUGCCGUUGGUACCCAGCAAACCGAGCGAGCCGGACAUCUUCGCCAGUAGCGGGACCGGUAGCGGAAGUCUAGGCUACCACUACGGUUCUUGGACACCGACACCGGCAACGCCGGUUUCGGUCGCACCUCACAAUUACAACACCAACUACCCGGGCUACUACAACAAUCCCAGCCAGAACCACAUCAGUCCGGCGGCCCACAUGGUUCUCCAUCAGUACAGCACAGUUAAUCAGAAUCAGAUUCAUCUUCACCUUCACGGUGAUUUAAGCGACGGGGAUAUCGCGAUAGCUGGUAGCAAUAUCUCUAUCAGCAGCAACAGGUUAGAGAUCGGGGUGCUCGGCGAGGAAAGCGAGCAGAGGAACGACGUUUGGAGACCUUAUUGAUACUCCGCUGGUGAUAAAAAUUCUGAAGAUGAUUGGAGAAGAACCGAGGAUCAGUUUGGAUGUGAAAAGUGAGGAAAGGAAGCGUAGAGAUCUUGGAAUGCUAUUUUCUGUGGUUAGAACCUCGAGAUUUACUGAGGAUCUUUCAAUGAAAUUUAGGAAUCUGGUUGAAAAUUGACUGUCAGUGGGAGAAAUUUUGUCGUAAAUGUGAUAUAAAACCGUCGAACGAUUACUAUGCUCGGUCGAGUAGCCGGAUACUUGUCAGUCGCAAUCGGUAAUGCUAGUAUUCGAUGAAAGUUCCGAUCGAUGGGGAUCGUAUUCGCUGAGAUUUUUCGCGGUCAAGCGCCGAGUGUCCGAUGUUUCGUGGAACAGCGAGGAGAACGAUUGAAAACUGGAGCACAAACGAGGUGACAAACUCGUGAGAAAGUCUAAGGUGUUAGAAAGGAACUAUUCCUUCCCGAUUGUUGCUUGAAAAAAAGAAAAGUGUGGAAUAAGAAGAUCCGGGCGGAGCCAGUCGGUUAUAAACCGACAGCCCGAUCGAACGUGUCCGCGAAGUGGGAAGAUUAGUCAUGUAACGUUGUAAAUACAGAUAUUUUCCAUGAAAUAAAACCUUGGAUGAACAGGUUCCCGAAUCCUACCGUUCACCAGACCCAUCA